AUGCCAGAAGUGUGUAAAAAGUAUAAAACGGAGAAUGGUCUAAAGCUUGAGCCAAUUGAAGAAGUUACUAUUGAGGUAAAUGAAGAGCAUGUCGGGUUAGUUAUGGAAGCCUUAUCUCAUAGGCGAGCUGAGAUUGUUGACAUGGGUCCUGUUCCAAGAAGUGUUGACAGGACUAGAUUGUCUUUGACAUGUCCAUCAAGGGGUCUGGUUGGUUACAGAAGUGUGUUUAGCAGUGACACAUGUGGAACUGGAUUGAUGCAUCGCACUUUCUUAAGUCUAUACCCUGACAUAUGGAUGUGCUUGUGUUUGUGUCCGGACACCUGUGCCUAUAUGUAUAUAUAG